CUUCACAUCACCACAUUAAAACAUAAGAUAAGGAAAUAGGAAUGGCACAGAAUUUGGGAGUUUGUGGGGAUUUAGUGAUCUUUCAAGUUGGCAUUCAUCAUGGACUGACAUCAUUUGGAGGAACAUUGGAAACCUGGGACCACUGAACAGCUGUUCCGUCCUAGUAUGGGACUUCUCAACAGUGCCCAUUCAUGACCCCACCUCACCAGGGAUCGAACCCAGAAUCUUCAGGUUCCUUGGCCAGCACGUUGCCAUCGAGAUACUGAGUCGGAAUCUAGUGGUUUAUAUUUCCAACUCCUGUCAGUUCAUGACUUAGCGUGACCGCUACCUAUACAAAUGCAGUGGAUCUCAGUCUCUGGUAGAUGUUCCCAUGUCCAGAAACCUGGCAGAGGAUGAAAAUGGAAUCAAGUCACCCACAUUCAUAUCUGAAACUUUUCUGGUUUUCUCAGGUUCACUGUUCCUGAAAUUCCUUAAGGUAUCUGGAGUUAUAAAACCUCGGAUCUUAGACAUUAUGCUACUCAGGUAUAUUCUGCAGUUAUCACCGAAGAACUUAUUUCCAUCAUUUAAAACUAGGGUAAUCAGUGAUUGUGACCAUUCGGAAGAGAUUGUAUUUGAUUCACAUACUCCAACUAACACUUCAGUCACUCUAGCUAAUAAUCCUAGGUCUCCGUCACUAAAAGCCACUUGUACAAGUUUGUUGAGGCCUACUGCCGUUCUUCGUCUCAUACCGUUUACAAAUUCCUAGACGUGUGGUUGAU